GAAGUGGGAGAGAUCAGACAGGAUGGCCAACAUGAUCAUUAAGAACACGAUCACUCCGGCCAUCUGUGGUGCUAUUCCUGAUAAGGACCAGGAUGGUAAUGAUCUGAGCGCCAAGGCAUACCUUGCCAAGGUGGAGGAGAAUUUUAAGAGUUCUUCCAAGACUUAUGCUAGCACCCUGAUCAUGAAGAUGCUGACUUCACAGUAUGAUGGGCAAAGUGGAAUCAGGGAGCACAUUAUGAGCAUGUGUGACAUGGCAAAUAAGCUGAAGACACUGGAUAUGGCUAUCUCUGAUGGUUUUCUGGUGCACUUCAUCAUGACUUCUCUGCCAGUACAGUACAGUCCCUUCAAAAUAAGCUACAACACUCAGAAGGCGACUUGGAGCAUGACUGAGCUCAUUAGCUACUGUGUUGAGGAAGAAGAAAGGCAGAAAGCUGGAAGGAUGAAGGAUGCUGUCAACAUGGUCAGCGAGCGCUUUGGGCGUGUUAGCAUGAGCAACACUCCUAAGCAUCAGGCUGAGUCUAGCAGCAGCAGGCAGCAUAAGAGAAAGUUUAAGGGCCAUAAGAGUAAGGCCGUGUCACAUAAGAAGACCUCUAAUGAGAGGCUGUGCAAGUUCUGCAAGUCACCUAAACAUGAGCAGAAGGAUUGCCAUGGAUUUAAGGAGUGGCUUAAGAACAAAGGUAUUCAGUUCGAUCCGAACUAUAAGAGAGGGGGAGCGAAGUCUAAGAGUGGCUGAUGGCAAUGAAGUGAAGGUUGAAGGCAUUGGGAGCUUCAAUUUGGAGUUACCAGGCGGCUUCAACCUUAGUUUGCACGAUGUUCUUUAUGUUCCCAGUUUG